AAAAAAAAUUUGACAAUUCAAUUUUUGUACGAAAACACAAUCACGGCGUCUUCGCGAAAAUCCACUUUUAUCGCCAUUUCCCACGUGAAAAUGCCCAUUUUCGUGGCACGUGUACCUCCACGGAACGCCCAAGAGUGCACGUGUGUGGAUCAGGUGUGAGGGGAUGUGCUGAGAGUCGUGAUAAAUCCGUGGCAAUCAAUAAUUCCCACCAUCGAGUGCAGUGUUCCGUCUCUUGGGGAUUUUCAAUCAAUACUCGCAUUUAGGGUGCUUCCCGACCCUCUGAAUCCCACUGGACACCCCAUAGGACUCCCAAGGGGAGAAUUGCGUACAAACGGGGAGCCCGGAAGUGUGUGAAAAGUGGCUUUUGACCCGGGAAAAGAAGGGCAAAAAAUCCCAAAAAGAAGCCAUCGCCAUUUUAUAUGCAAAACACUGGCAACGUCGCAUUCGGAGACGGGAUUGUGGGACAACUUCCACGAAAAAACGUCCAGAAAGUCCUCCUGGAGUGAAGUGUACAGCUCGGUGGGGCAAGUGGUGUGAACUGUGUGAACAAGAUAGCCCCAAAGGGGUGUAUUUAGGUGAAAACAGUGAGGAAGAAGGGGGUGAGAAAAAUCAUUGAGAGACGUGCAAAGUGAGUGCAAUCCUCCCACCUCUGGAAUCGAUUGAUUUUGUGGUGUGAAGGAAGAUUUCUAGGUGGCAGGAGGACACUGGCUCAUCGCAUUAGAGGAUAAUGUCACGAAGCUACUUUAAGAGUGCACCUAUCUCGCGGAAAAACACUCAAACAGAGGAUGUUUAGCAGUCAAAGCAGCAAAUAAGUGUCUGUUAAACUGCGAAUGAUGCGGAGACACCAAUAAAAUCUCAUGGCAUGAAAUUUCACGCAAUAUUUAUGAACGCUUAGCAAAGUAAUUUUUGCAACAAAUAAAAAAAAAACAGAACAAAAUGAAUCCUCAACUGGGUACAGCGACAGAGUCAACGAUGGCAAAGGAUCAAUUGCCACCAGCACGGAAUUAUGGGGAUCCAACGAUGGGGUAUCAGCAGCAGGGGAAUCCGUAUGGGCAGCAAUUUCAGGGGCAAAUGGGGCCGCAAUUUGCACAGAACACGGGAAUGAUGGAGGAGCAUCAUAUGCAUCAGCAGUUUGGGCAUCAGAAUCCGGGGCAGCAGAAUAUCCCGGGGGGAGGAGGAGGAGGAGGAGUUAUGUACAAUCCACAGGGGCGACAGAAUACAGGAAAUAAUGUCAUGAUGGGUUCCUAUGGGCCUGGGUUUGGUGGGCCACAGGGGGGUGGAGGUAUGAUGAUUCAGGGGCGAGAUCAGUAUGGGAACAUGACCAAUUUCCCAGGCAAUGCAGCUGGGCAGCAAUUUAUGCCGGGCAGUGGAUCAAACAUUCCGCAUGGGAUGCAGCAGAUGGGUCAGAUGGACAUAAACUACAAUGCUGGGAAGCAGGAGAUGAUGCCGAUGAAUCAGAUGCCAAUGGGUCAGGUGGGGCACAUGGGGCAAGGGCAAAUGGGGCAGAAUGUGAUGCAACAGAUGUCACAGAUGGUUGAUAUGAAUCCCAUGGCAAAGAUGCAGGGAAUGGCCAAUGGGUAUCAUCAAUCUCGCCGAAUGGCACCCUAUCCAUCCCCAAUAAUGCAUGCCACCCAGAAACGCGGUGGGAUGUAUGCGAUGGGGCAGCAGAAUGUUCCUAUGGGGCAAAUGCAGCAAUUUCCUCCGCAACAGGGGCAACCACAGCAGCACUUUGUUCCACUGCAGCAACAACCACCGGCUCAGUAUGGUCGUGCUGGGGUUCCUGGACCAAUGCACGGCAACUAUGGGCGUGGACCCAUUGCCGGGGGGCCGCCAAUGAUGGGGCAGCAACAGGCACAGAGGGUGUCAAGUGCCAUCCCCUAUGCAUCCCCACCGUAUACACAGGGUGGCCCGGGAACGGGUAGCCCACAGUACUCGAAUCCCUCGGGCGGAGGAACCCCAUUGCCGAGUGGGACAAACUUCCAGCCAAACAUGCAGCAGAGUAUGCAGCCAGAUGUACGGCUUGGGUAUCAGCAUAGCCCAGUGCCGGGAAAUCCAACCCCACCUCUCACACCAGCCUCACUCAUGACACCCUACAUUAGCCCCAAUCCGGACGUGAAGCCACCUAUCAAUCCGAAUGAUGAAAUGCGAUUAACUUUUCCGGUGAGAGAUGGAAUUAUACUGCAGCCCUUCCGUUUGGAACACAAUUUGGCCGUGAGCAAUCAUGUGUUCCAAUUGAAGCCCAAUGUUUAUGGGACACUCAUGAGUCGGGCUGAUCUUGAGUUGCAACUCAAGUGCUUCCACCAUGAGGAUCGUCAAAUGAAUACCAAUUGGCCGGCAUCCGUACAAGUGUCUGCCAAUGCAAUUCCCCUUAUAAUUGAUCGUGGAGAACCCAAAAUGUCCCACAGGCCACUCUAUCUAAAGGCGGUUUGUCAACCUGGUAGGAAUACCAUUCAGAUCACCGUGAGCGCCUGCUGCUGUAGUCAUCUCUUUGUCCUCCAACUUGUUCAUCGGCCAUCAAUUAGGCAUGUCCUGCAGGGCUUACUGAGGAGGAAUCUCCUAGCUGCUGAGCACUGUGUCAAUAAGAUAAAAUGUCAUUUCCAACAAGUGGCAGCAACGACGAAUCGUCCACCGGAUGGAGCGGAAGCAGCAAAUCCACAGAAUGGGGAUAAUCCAGCAGAUACACCAUCACAGACGGUCACGCUCAAGUGUCCCAUCACCUUCAAGAAAAUCUCCCUGCCAGCACGUGGACAGGAGUGUCGGCAUCUUGCAUGCUUCGACCUAGAGUCCUACCUGCAAAUUAAUUGCGAGAGAGGCAGCUGGAGAUGCCCAAUUUGCAACAAAUCUGCACUUACGGAAACACUAGAAGUGGAUCAGUACAUGUGGGCAAUUCUCAAUUCUCUCAGUACGCAGGAUGUGGAUGAAGUUAUCAUUGAUAAUGGGGCCAAUUGGAAGGCAGUGAGGAAGAAUGUGGCCAUAACAAAGCCGGAAACGGAUGCUGAAAAUAAGCAAAUGAAUAGCAAAGUUAUGAGUCCGGGAUCAACAAUUCUUCCCACGUGGGACAAUACUCAAGCCAUGAGUCCAUACAUGUGCCCAGAUAUGAAUACCAUCGCCAGCGGGAGCAUGAUGACCGGUGGUGGAGGUACUCCUGGUGCAAACAAUAGAAGUUCCCAUGAUAAUUACUAUAGUAGUGGUGGAACAAGUGAUUCAGGGAGUGGGAAUUUCUAUUUGAACAGUGAUUUGGGUGGUGGUGGUGGUACAUCAGCUACAUCACAGGGGAAUCCUUUGGCCAAAUUGACGGAUUCAGUGAAUUCUCUCGAUCCACUGGAUGCAAUGGAGAAGACACUUAAUGAGAAAAUGCCACCGACACCGGGAAGUAUUACGGGGGCGCCACUAACCCCGGGAUCAUCACAGCACAAUAAUAGUGGUGAAAUGACACCCACAAAGGUCCCACCGCCAUCAAAUAGGCCAAAUAGUGCACAACAACAGCAGCAACAGCAACAGCAGCAGCAGCAUUCCACAAAUACAAGAAAAGGAUCAGAGACGGAGGCAGCUGCAACGGGAGGUGUUGGGGGUGUUCUACCAGAGGCGAAUUUCUCCACACCGGAUAUGUCCUUUAAGCAGGGGGUUCUGCAGGCCGUUAUAGAUGGGGAAGCCAAUCCGGAUUUGAAUUUGCAACUUUUGUCAGACAGCAACAUCGAUGCUAUGGAAUUACUUUCGUAUCUGGACCAUCCAACAAAGGAUCUCAAUACACCACCGUCCAGUGGUUCAAGCAACAACCCCAACAAUGAUGACCUUUUGGCCUCGCUGUUUGACUGAUCGGCAAAGUAAAGAGGGGAGAUCAUCCCCUUGUGCAAAAGCCGGAUUUACAAGCGCCCCAAAAUUGAUUAAAAAAAAAACAAAAACAAAAUAAGAUGAAAGCUAAAACAGUUAGUAAGAAAAACAAAACGUGAUUUUAUUAUUGAAAAUAUUGAUGGAAAUGAUUAUAUUUGAAUCAAAAAGGAUGCUGAGGGAUAAUGAUAAAAUAUAAAUGAAAAUGAAGUAAAAAAAAAACUUUCAGAUACAUUGAAUUCAUAAAGUAGUAUUGCUACUCAUUGAUCAAAGUAAUUGCACGUAUAAAAACAAAAAAAAGUAUCUUACAAUUUAACAAGAAAAUGAUACAACUUACGACUAAAUUAAAAAAAAAUAAUGCAUAUUUUUAUUUAAUUAUUUAUGCUUGAAUUUUAUGGUAAAAGCUUUAUUCUCUCUGCUAAAAAAAAUCUAUGGACAUGUUUUUAACUUUUAUUUUUUUUUUAAAUUAAUUUCCGCGAGGGGAAAAUUAAAAAAAAAAAUGAAGUAAACCACCGAGAAGUCGCAUCAAAUCACUCGCUAACACUGCCAUUCCCUGGAAGAAUAUUCAGCACUAGCUUGAGUCUAGUUUUGCUGGGAAAGUUCUACAAUAAAAUGCGAAGGAAGAAUUAUAUUAAAUUUUUAAAUUAAAAUUUUAGAUGAAAAUAAAAAAAUAAAAAAUAAAAAAUAAAAGAGAAACAAACAGAAAGGUCCAUAGAGGGAAUUUUUUUAAUAGUUUAAGAGACAUAAAUAAAAAUUUUAUUAUACAUCAUGCAUAAAAAGAAAUUGAAAAAUGAAUUUACACUGAAAAUAACAAAAAUUUCGUAUUUUUUUUAAAUACAAAACUUAAUGCGAAUUUAUCUUAUUUUUUAUUUAUAAUUUUCCUAUCUUUUUGAUCACUGAAAUCAAUCCAAAAUGAAAAAAACAUUAAAAACUGAUUUUAUUUUGCUUUUUUCGUGGGGUAGUCUGAUUAAUUUUUUUUCUGGGGCUUUAGGUUAAUUUUUAUUUAUAAUCUUAUUUGUUUUUUUUUGCACAUUUUUGAUUUGUCACAAAAUCACAUUUAAUAAUGCACUUUUGGGUAUUUUAUUUAUAUAAAAAAAAUAUUUUAUUGUUCUUCGUGAAUUUAAUUUAUUUUAUUUUUCUGUCACUAAUAUUGGUAAAAAAAAAAAGAAAUGAAAACGAAGAAUGAAGAAAAAAUGCCGGGUGAUUGUGCCAAGUUGUGUCAUUGCUACGAAUUAUUUAAUUUUAAGUAAGGAGAAAAUUAAGGAUUAGCAAGAAGAAUUAAUGAAGAUUUUCCCCUCUAAUCACGAUUUUUGUGGUUUUUUAUAGUGUACAUAAAAUAUUCCUGGAGGAAGAAAUAAUUUAACAACAAAAAAAGUCUUUUAAAAAGCAGUAUAAAUAUUUAACAACAAAAAAAAGAUGAGAUAUUAUUGAAAAAGGUAAAAGAAAAACUUUAAACUAUGCGGCAUUUUUUUCCCAUGUAAAUACGUUCCGAUAUCAACUAAUUGGGGUUUGUUUUAGUGAAUGAUUUUUCUUUCUUUUGGAAAAUUCAAAAUAUAAAAGAAGAAGACUAUGAGAAGGAUAUUUUUAUUUUUUAAUUGUAAUGCCUCGUUCUCUAGGAAGAACACAUUUUUUUCUCUAAUUGAAAGAAAAAGAAAAAAAGGAAAUACUUAUAAUACAAAAUACAUUUUAAGGUACUUACUUCUCUACGUCUGCUUGCAGAAUACUCUCAGAAUUGCUGGGCAGAUUAAUAUAAAUAAAAAUCGUGUAUCUAGUCAUUAAAAAAAAA